AUGCAACCGUUGCUGCUCGCGCUGAUGCUGCUGCUGCAGCAGCAACCAUUGCUGGGGGGCAGCCCGUCCCAGCGGCAAUUGGUCGGGCUGACUGAUGAUGGAAGGUCGGCCGCCGCAUUAAGCGACAAUUUAAAUUCAACGCUAGUACCUGGUAAAACCAUAAAAGCCAUUGAGCGACAGAUGAAAGCUGCAGGUGAAGUGGCAGCCAGUGCCGCGGAGCUGUUGCAAGUGACACCUGCAAACCAAUUACCUGUGAACACACCGGCAACUCCUACUCGCCCAACUGUGCUCUCCUAUCCGACAGCGGCAACACGGGUUCCGGAUUCCUUUAUGGCCACCACAAUGGUAACCGGAACCCAUUCAGCACAAGGUGAACUUAAGAGCACGGAAAGUGCGGCAACCUUAGACGCAAUCACGCCAGCAGCUGCAGCUCCAGCAGCAACAGCAGCAGCAUCAGCAUCGGUAGUAAUAACAGCAGCAACAUCGCCGACACGGGAGCAACACAUGCUGCUCGCACGUCCCACAGCUGUGCAAAUGGCACGAAUAAAUGUACCAGCAACAAUAGAGGACCAAAUUGGAAGAGCACUGAUUCCGAGCAAAACAAACACGACCGAGACACCAGCAACUGCCCCGCCGACGGCAGCAAUAAUGCCAGCAAAAACAAAGCGCCACCGCGGGGACGGGGCCAAAAAGAGUGUUCCGAGCGACGGAAUAAAAUUCAAUACGGAUGCCGCACUAAGCCCUGACUAUGUAAAUGCCACAGGGGCGUGGCCGGCGACGACAACUGCCAAUAUAGCGGCGGUGGCAGUGGCAAUGGCAGCCGCAUCGACCAUAUCGCCGGCACUAACGAGCACGGCGGAGGGUAUUAGUGGCAAGACGGUGCCCGCGCCCCGCUUGCUGGGAGCCGGGCUUGGGGCGAGCAAUAUGGCCCAGAUCCUGGCCAAGUCCCUGGACAGCCCGCCGCCGACCUCGUCCUCCGGCUGGCCGGUCAAGCACGCCGCAGUGCUCGAGGGCGACGUCAUCCUCGGUGGCCUGAUGAUGGUCCACUCGCGCGAGGACAGCAUCACCUGCGGCCCCAUCAUGCCGCAGGGCGGCAUCCAGGCCCUGGAGGCGAUGCUCUACACCCUGGACCAGGUCAACAAGCACCAGCUCCUGCCGAACGUCACGCUGGGAGCCCACUUGCUGGACGACUGUGACAAGGACACCUACGGCCUGGAGAUGGCCGUCGACUUUAUUAAAGGCAAUUUGUAA